AUGUCUAUUAGUCGAACCAGCAGUGGUGGUGUCCGUUCCCUCCGCGCUAUGUUCGAGAGCUCGAAGACGUCCACUUCUGACAGCCAAAGCUUAACUCCUGGCGACAACAGGACAAACGAGAUUGAUACACCUCGCUCUGCUCCCAAAGUUCGUGCAAGCUUUGUGCCUGUCGAGUCGAACACCCCAGUCAGAUCGGAUUCAGCAGCUGCAAAGGACAAUAUCAACGGCCACAACAGCACAGCUGAUCAGAGGCGCGAGAGCUUCAGCUUGGACGAAGCACAGGACGCAGAAGACAUUGCAGACCUGCAGCGGACUGUAACAAACGAGAAGGAGAAGCGCAAGCAGAGUGCGGACGUUAGGGAGGUGGUACCGGAGCAAGCUAUCGAACCGACGCCGGCGGUAACGCCAGCACACGAAUUGCACGAGGACAACGCAAUGGGAUCGGUCGAUAACCUCGGAAACAAGAUGCAACACAUGAACCUCAACGAUGGCGAGGCUGUGUUGAAUACAUUGGGCUUACCUAAGGCCAAUUCGAACGCGGACCUGCCGACGGAAGACACAGACGUUGGGCAGUCAGAGCAAACUGCCGAGGAGGUUGACUCUCCACCAGAAUCACCUGGUGACAACCCAGACAAGCCAGUCUCAGCAGUCGAGGACACCGAUGCAAUCAUGAAGCCAGCCGAUCCUAAAGACGAGGGUUCUGUCUCGGGCGGUGCAGCACUGCCUCCACCUGCCGAGAAGCUGUCGCCACUCAAGCACAACAAGGGAGGUGCGAACCAGGCUGCAGCUCCGUUUGGAGGCGAUGGGACGAGCGAUGAAGAUCCUCCAGCACCUACACCAGGAAAGACUCUCGGCAAGGUCAAUGGGAUUGCGAAGACGCCAAUGCACAGUCAAGCGAAGCCCACACCUUCGAAGACACCUUCUUCGCGUCCACCCGCUAUUUCCACCGCAAGGGAAGCCAGCACAAAGGCGACGCCGAAGACCGCACCAAUGCCAAAGUCUCCAGCAGGCAUGCCGAAGACACCAAAGACCCCAACUUCCGUCCACCAAGCCUCUCCACCAAAGUCCGCAGUCUCCAAGCCGUCGCCCAAACCAUCCCCGGCGCGAACCGACACGAAGCCUCAAGCCCCCGCGCCCAAAACCAGCCGCUCGUCCCUGCGCGCCUCGACCUCCUCCACGGCAACCGCUCCCACCGCGGCAUCCAAGACGCGCGCAGCCGCCAAACCCACUACCAGCACUGCUGCGACAACCCACACCUCCCCCACAACCUCCAAACCAACCCGCCCCAAAUCCCCCACCCGCCCCGUGCGGCUUCCCUCCCACCUCACGGCCCCAACGGCCUCCUCAGCCGCCAAACACGACGCCACCGGUGGCGCUCCCACCCGCCCUGCGGCCUCCUCCACAACCGCGGCAGGCAGCACUCUCGGCCGGAAGCCCUCGACCCUAACGCGCGACCGGGCCGCGCCCUCCAAACCCCUCGCCGCCGCGGCGCGCAAAGAAACGACGCGCCCUUCGCUCAACGCUUCUCAAUCGGCUCCCAAGCGGCCCGAAUCACGCACCGGACACGCCCAGUCCACGAAGGCGCCGGACGAGGGAUUCCUAGCAAGGAUGAUGCGGCCGACGGCCAGCUCGUCGAGCAAGGCGCACGACAAGGUCGAGGCGAAGAGUCCGCCGCGACGUGCUGCUUCUAUCCGGCCGAAGCAGGGUGGAGCGGGCGCUGGUGCUGGGAGGGCGAGGGAGAGGGCUGGGGACAAGGAUAAGGACAGGGAAGGGGUGAAGACGAAUGGGAUUGGGAAGGAGGGGGCGCCUGUGUUGCCUGAUGUUGCGGGUGUGGAUGCGACGGGUGGGGCGGAUGAUGGGGGGAUGGGGGAGGUGGAUGGGGUGGGUGCGAGGUAG